GUCUCUCAGUCUCUUGGAGGGUUUAGUGUUUUCUGGGAUUUGCAGAAGCUAAUAGAAAUGGCUGCAACUAGUAGGUCUGCGUUUCUGGGUUCAAUCUCCAGAAUCGCUACUGCUCGAAGCUUGAUCUCACCCGAAUCCCUCACAAACCCUAAUUUCACUUCGUCUCGCUUCCACACGUCUUCUCUUCUUCAGACUCGAAUCGAAGGUUCCAUUUCGAGAAAUUUUCUCAAUGUCAUCGCUUCCACUUGGUUUGGUUCUACACUCACAUCUUAUCAAGAUCGAUUCGCAUCUCUCGCCAUGUAUCUACCAUACUCAACCACAGUCCCAACGCGUUCUCUUAGAAGAAGAAUCAGCAAAAGAAACAAUCCAAAACCCGUUCUUGACGAAUCCAAGUUUCAAGAAACCAUCUCAAAGCUCCCACCAAGAUUCACCCCUGAAGAUCUCUCCGACGCCAUAACACUUCAAGAAGACCCAUUAGUGUGUCUCCACCUCUUUAACUGGGCAUCACAACAGCCAAGAUUCAAACACGAGAACUGCUCUUACCACUCAGCGAUCAGGAAGCUCGGAGCCGCGAAGAUGUACAAAGAAAUGGACGAUGUUGUGAACCAGGUGCUCGCCGUUGGUCACAUUGGCAACGAGAACCUAUACAACUCCAUCGUCUUCUACUUCACUAGAGCCGGGAAGCUGAUUCGCGCGGUGAACAUAUUCAGACACAUGACGACCAGCAAGAACUUGGAGUGUAGACCGACGAUUCGAACUUAUCAUAUUCUUUUCAAGGCCUUGUUGGUUCAAGGUAACAACUCUUACACAAGCCAUAUGUAUAUGGAGACGAUAAGGUCUUUGUUUAGACAAAUGGUGGAUAACGGGAUUGAACCAGACUUGUUUGCUUUAAACUGUUUGGUUAAAGGCUUCGUGCUCUCGCUUCAUGUCAACGAUGCUCUUAGGAUAUUUCAUCAGAUGAGUGUGGUUUAUAAUUGCGAGCCGAAUUCGUUUACUUAUGAUUAUUUGAUUCAUGGGUUAUGCGCACAAGGUAGGACUAUUAAUGCGAGAGAGUUGCUUGAUGAGAUGAAAGGGAAAGGUUUUGUUCCUAAUGCGAAAUCUUAUAACUCUUUGGUGAGUGCUCUUGCGCUAAGCGGUGAGAUUGAUGACGCGGUUAAGUGUUUGUGGGAGAUGAUUGAGAGAGAUCGUGUGGUUGAUGUUAUUACGUAUAGAACAUUUGUUGAUGAGAGUUGCAGAAAGGGGAAGUAUGACGAAGCUAAGAAAUUGUUGGAGAUGUUGAGAGGGAGAAAGUUUGUGGACAGAGAUUUGUAUGAGAAGCUCAUGAAUGUUCUUCAAAAGGAUUUGUAGAAUUAUGCACAAAUGAUGAUUCUAGUUUGUUGUAAACUAACUGAAUUUUUGGUGAAAUUUAUUUAUUUGUAUUGGUCUAUGGUAAUGGAAAAUUUAUGUAAUUUCUUUGUUUUUUUUUUUUUUUAAUUAUCGUACCAAUUAUUCUAAUUUAGUUG